AUGCCCAUUACCGACUCCCUUGCGCCGUCCUGCACCCCGGCUGAGCGGGCAGUCGUCAAAUCCUACGGCAGUUGGACCAACUUUAUGUUGUCUUUCGGCCUGAAGCCUUGGAACGAUGAAGAUCUUGUGGAGGCAAAGAGGAUCCUGGCUGCUCUUGCCAGUGACGGCAACUGA